AUGAAUUUUGAAUUCGAACGAGAGAUCGGUUUUAUUAACAGCCAACCGUCGCUAGCAGAGUGCCUGACGUCCUUCCCUACCGUCCUGGAGUCAUUUCAAACUUCAUCAAUCAAGGAGUCGACAGUAAUUCCGCCUCCCUUCGAGAACACCAUCCCCAGCCUCAGCCCUUGCACAGCCAACCAUCCAAGAUCAGCAUCAACGAACCAACGGAACCGGGGAACCUCUAAUAGCGAUGGCCCCCAGACGCACCACCGACUUACCCAGCAGGCUUGCCCGCCUGGCCAGGCCCCCGCCCCAAACGCAUCCUCUACCGCAGGACCGCUGGCUCAUGAAUUCCCCUGGAUGAAGGAGAAGAAGUCAUCUAAAAAAUGCAUCAAAACCGGCUGCAGUACUAGCAGUGCUGCUGGUUCCACCAUCCCGGCCGCUGCGUCAUCUCCGACGCCGACAGCCUCCGGGUACGCUUCGGCGGGCAUUGAGUCACCCACAGAUCCAAAUCAGGCGUGCCUGGACGCCGGAGGAGCGGGGUCCCGUCGGCUUCGCACCGCUUACACCAACACGCAGCUGCUGGAGCUGGAGAAGGAGUUUCAUUUUAACAAGUAUCUUUGCCGACCCAGAAGGGUAGAGAUUGCGGCGCUUUUGGAUUUGACCGAGCGGCAGGUUAAAGUUUGGUUCCAGAACCGGCGGAUGAAACACAAGCGGCAGACAACGCACCACCGAGAUGGUGGUGGCGAAGGUGGAGCAGGAUGCCAGGAAUCCGGCGAGCCGAGUUGUAUCGAGCCGCUCGAAGGCGCGGAUGCUUCAUCACCAUACUCAAGCCAGCCGCUCGAGGCAUCUGGCACCGGGGAGUUAUCGGAAGGCGAGGCGGGGAGCAGUAAUCCAUCUUCGGCCGCUGAUUCCGCCGCCCACGCCCAUGACAGCGGGGACAAUGCGCAUCCCACGCUCGAGGAGGGAGGCCUAUCGAGUUACCCGGACCUGCCAACUCUGUCGAAUGCUUCUGCUUCCUGUGAUUCUGCUGCCAAAUACCACUCCCCGGAGCCGUCUACUACUAAAAACUCGAGUGAUUGCACGAGCGAGACCAGCACAGUCGUAGUAUCUGAUCCACCUUUCUGCGAGCAGCCAAACUCGUCUAUCCCCUCCUCCUCCUCGGCCACCUCCGAGCUCCCUGACCUGACCUUCUUUGCCGGGGAGGUCUGCAUGUCACCCAGCCUUCAGAGUUCUCUGGACAGCCCGGUGGAUUUUUCGGAAGAGGACUUCGACUUGUUCACAAGCACACUGUGUACCAUGGACCUUCAGCAUCUCAACUUUUGA